AUGAAUAAAACUACAUAAUAUAGUCAUAAUAGUAAAAAAAAAAUCAAAGAGGCAACGUAUUUUAUUAUUUUUAUAUGAUAGAUAGCAAAUAUCUCAAUGCAUUAGUACAAAGAAUUAUUAGUCUGUAAAUAAAUUGUAUUCAAAUUUAUAACUUUAGAUUGGAAGAAAAGAAGAGAAGUGCAUCUUUAACUAAUUCAUUGUGUUAAAACAUUUCUAAAACUAUGCCAAAAGAAAAUAAAAAGUGUUUUUAAGUUAAUUUAGAUUUUCUUGAUACUUUAACAAUAGAAAAUCCAACUGUUUAAGAACUAUUAAAAUAACUUAAUAUAGAUGAUUAAAACAUUGACUUAAAAUAAAUAAUUAGAGAGAAUCAAGAAUAUUUUCAUCAUCUAAAAAGUAAAUUAUAUUUUAAUUAAGAAAAUUGUGCUUGUUUCAAAUGUGAAUGUUGUAAUUGCAAAUGCAAUUAUGCAAACAAUGCAAAAUUAGUUUAUAGAUCAGGAUAUAAUACUUCCUAUUAGAAAAGUUAUUAAUUUGGAUUGUCAUCUUCUACUUUUUAUACUCCAGAAUUGAAUUAAAGAUAUUAUGAAUAAAAACCAAUUUAGAUUCCAUAUUUAGAGAUAUAAUCUUAAUAGCGAAAGAUCUUUACUGCCCAUCCUAUUUAAUAAAGAUACAAACGAUAAUACAAAAAGAGUUCAGCUUCAAAUUAAUUUUUGUCUACAACAACAUAUUAAGUAUAAAGAAAGAACAAGAAUUAUAGAACAUGUAUCCUGAUUGGAAAGAUUAAGAUCCAAUAAGAAAGAUUGAUGCACCCAAACAUAUAAGUACUCAUUCUGGAAUCCCCAUCUUAACAGUUACCAGUUAUACCAAAGAUUAUGCAAAAGUUCGUCCAAAAACUUCCAAUCUCUCGGCCUCUGAUAUUAAAUAAAUGCAAUAUCAGUAAUCUUUUUAUAAUUUAAAUAGUUAAACAUAUGCUCAAAUCACUCCUAAUUAUUUUGAAACAACUUAUAAUUCUGAUUUUAAAAAGUAACAACAGAAUAAUUUUGUUGUUUCUAAAACAGAACCAAAUAUUGAAGUGUAUGUUCCUUUAAGAGGCUUAUCUUAUGACACUGUCACUAAAAGGGCUUUUCAAAAUGGACAAAUCAUUACUGAAUGUUAAGGAACCAAAAUGAAAAAAAUAUUAAAAUUAAGAAAUCAAAGUGCAUCCAUGCUCAAUGCAUAUCUCAAUGAAAUAUAUCAAAAAUAAUGA